UCUACUUCGACAUAGCAGGAUAACGGCAAGAUGAUUGCGAUAUCGAGCUUGUGGAGCGCUCCAACGAUCAAUCCUAUUAACCAGAAGGCGCGGAGUAUCCCUGUCCUGAACCCGGUCAACAAGUAUGGCAGGGUGUUCUUUUUCUCGUGGUUUGGCUUCUUCAUUGCGUUCUGGUCGUGGUACGCUUUCACACCACUGCUCAGUCUGACAAUCCGAGCCAAUCUCAACCUCACGACGGAACAAAUCGCAAAUACCAACAUCGCCGCAUUGACGGGCACACUUCUCGUUCGUUUCGUGGCAGGACCGUUGUGUGAUCGAUUUGGACCACGAUGGACGUACAUCAUCAUCUUGCUUGCGGGCUCCAUCCCUACCGCAAUGGCUGGCUUGGUCAACAACUGGCAAGGUCUUCUGGCAUUACGUUUCUUCGUCGGUAUCCUGGGAGGCACAUUCGUGCCAUGUCAGGUUUGGUCGACGGGAUUCUUUGACAAGAAUGUGGUUGGGUCUUCGAAUGCGUUGAUCGGUGGUUGGGGCAACUCUGGUGGUGGAAUCACGUACUUCCUAAUGCCUGUGAUCUACGACAGCCUCCGCGAUGACCAAGGUCUAAGCUCGAACGUCGCAUGGCGCGUAGCGUUCAUCGUCCCUUUCAUCCUCAUCGUCUCCACGGCUGCUGGCAUGCUCUUCCUCUGCGAUGACACUCCAACUGGAAAAUGGAGCGAAAGACACGCUGCCGCACAACAACUCCAACAAGGAAGAAUCGUCGACAUUCCCGUCACACCAAGCGACCGAAGCACUCACUCAAACGACAACCAUGAAAAGAAAGGAGAGAAAACAACAGACCUCGAACAACACUCCAACACCCACGAUGUCCAAACCGGCCAAACCAUAGAAGUAGCACAAGGCGAAGUCGUCAUCGCUCCAACCCUCAAGAACACCCUCCGCAUCCUCACAUCUCCUCAAACUCUCUUCCACUGCGCAACAUAUGCCUGCUCCUUUGGCGGCGAACUCGCAAUCAAUUCCUACUUGGGAGCUUACUACCUCAAAAACUUCCCAACUCUCGGCCAAACUGGUGCAGGCCGCUGGGCCGCCAUGUUCGGUCUCCUGAACGUCAUUACAAGACCACUAGGUGGAAUCAUCGCCGACAUUUUGUACAAAUACACUUCAUCCCUCUGGAUCAAAAAAGCCUGGAUCGUAUUCGUAGGAAUUGUAUCCGGAGCUUUCCUCAUCGCGAUUGGAUUGACGGAUCCAAGGCAGGAGAGUAUGAUGUUCGGACUCAUCGCUGGUAUGGCUGUGUUUUUGGAAGCAGGAAAUGGAGCGAACUUCGCUCUGGUACCGCAUGUGCAUCCACAGGCAAAUGGAGUUUUGAGCGGAAUUGUAGGUGCCGUGGGAAAUCUAGGAGGUGUCAUUUAUGCGAUUGUGUUUCGGUAUCAUGGGACGGAUUAUGCGGAGAGUUUCUGGAUUACGGGUGUCAUGGUCAUUGGGUUGAAUUUGGUGUUGUGUUGGGUGAGACCUGUGCCGAAGGGGCAGGUUGGGGGAAGGUGAUGGCUUUCCUCGGAGACGGGUAGUUGUGGAAAAGAGUUUGACGAUAGAGAUACAUGAACGUGAAUGAUUCUACGACUUGUUGGCCA